CAGCUAGCGUCAGAGCCUAACAAUUCUUGGGUGUAAUUCGCAGUAUCAUUGUGUGCCACAGUCCUCUUUCUGUAGAAAUUGAGAGGGGGAAGAGAAUGAUCCUUUAUAUAGUAAAACGCACAAUUCUCCGUGUCCUCCUUGUGCAUCAGAGGCGCUGUGGUUCUGAAGGAAUGAGCUUCUGUUCUUGCCUUUCAACCACAGACGAGGCAGGAACAAUGAAAAAUAUGAAAUGUGUUCUCCCCGCCCCGGUCUUUUUCUGCAGGCGGAACGCAGAUGCUGGGGCCUUCAGGCGCUGAGGGGACCCGAGAGGGACGGACACAGGGCUCGGCAGUUGCCUGGUAACGCCCGCUGGAGAAGUCCCAGUGUGAUAAGGUCCCGGAGAAGUGUCACUGGCCCUGAGUGGGACACGGUAGCCCGUUCGCUCCCUGCCGGCGGCCUGUCCCCGCGGCUUGGCGGGCUAGGGCAGGGGCAAUGUUGCAGGAGGAGUCGGACCUCUCGCUUAUUAUUGCCCAGAUAGUCCAAAAGCUCAAGGGCUCCAAUUUGUACUCUCAGCUGGAACGGCAGGCCUGGGCCAGUCUUCAGAGACCCGAAAUUAAACUUGAAUCAUUGAAAGAAGAUAUUAAGGAAUUCUUUAAAAUAUCAGGUUGGGAGAAGAAACUUCAGAAUGCUGUUUAUGGUGAACUGAGUGUGUUUCCUUUACCUAGUCAUCCUGCUGCACCUCCUGAACAUCUUAAAGAACCUUUGGUAUACAUGAGGAAAGCACAGGGAAGUUGGGAAAAAAGAAUUUUGAAGAGUUUAAAUAGCAUGUGCACUGAACUGAGUAUCCCACUGGCACGAAAGAGGCCAGUUGGAGAACAGAAAGAACUUCUUAAUAAAUGGAAUGAAAUGGGAACUGAUGAACCAGAUUUAAGCCUUUUCAGACCUGUUUAUGCACCUAAGGAUUUUCUUGAGGUAUUAAUUAAUCUUCGCAACCCAAAUUAUGAAAAUGGUGAUUCUCUUAGUUUCAGGACUCAUUUGGGUUUAAUUCAAAUUCCACUGAAAGUAAAAGACAUCCCUGAAUUGAAAGAAUGCUUUGUGGAACUUGGCUUAAAUACAGGACAACUGGGUAUAGAUGAUUCUACACAAGUGCCUCCUGAACUUUUUGAAAACGAGCAUGUACGUAUUGGACAAAAAGUUCUAGCAGAACAAGAUAGUGCUGCUGCUCAGCAGUACAUCAGACAAGGAAGUCCCACGGCACUGAGAGCUGAAUUGUGGGCUCUCAUUUUGAAUAUUUCCAGUGAACCUGAGGAUGUCUUGUAUUAUGAGCAGCUUAAGACCAAUGUGAUACAACAUGACCUUUUGGUGGACAGUCUAAUUUAUAAAGAUGUGAAGUUGACAGCAAGCAAUGAUGAUUAUUAUUUUGUAUUUGAAGAUUAUUUAUAUCAGGUAUUACUUUGUUUUUCCCGGGAUACAUCUGUGUUGAGUCACUUUGCAUACAACAGUGCCUCGCCACCAAAAUCAUAUAUAAGAGGAAAACUAGGACUGGAAGAAUAUGCUGUCUUUUACCCACCAAAUGGUUGUUUUAGAACUUGCCAGAAUCAAGGAGGACUCUUGUCUCUGGGCAAUGAUUCAGAAGUUGCUGAACAAGAAGAAACAAAGACCAGUCAAUCUUCUGUCCCUCUUUUUCUUUUUGACUCAAGGCAAUACGUGGCAGCAUUUUUAUACUACCCAUCCUGUUUUGAACUUCUGCCAAAGAUAGUAUUACUUUGAAAUCUUAAGGACACCUCUAUCACUACUGCCACCAAAACUGGCCCAGCUUUCUUGGUCUUGGGGACUACAUGUAGAGGUUAGCCUGCAGCUCUCCAACACACUCUCAGUCCCUGACCAGGCCAGUGAUUAUGGGCGGUGGAGGGGGAGGGUACAGAAGUUUUCUCACCACUAUUCCCAACAUUCCUGUGAUUAUUUUCCCUCGGAUGAAAAUGGCAGGCGAUGGUGAUAUCAGACAUUUUGCUUUUUUACUUCAUUUGGAGCAUCACCAGUGGACAGAUUUCCUCUAGUAGAUUUACUAAAUAGCUAGUGAGCAAAAUUUCUGAACAGAGGGAGACUUCUCACAAGAAUUUUAUAAGCUUUUUAUAUUUUUUGUUGUUAUUCAACACAUACAAAUUAUCUUUAUUCAUUUAAGUAUUUAUUUAGCCUAGCUCACUGUCGUAGAAGGGUGAUCCACAGUAAAUGAUACAAAUACAAAUAAAAUACCUGCUGCCAAGGAGCUUACAUUCUGGUAAGGGGAACAUAAAAUCAAUCCAUCAUCAAUCAAUCAACAAAGGAUGAAUGAAUGAAAGUAAUUUCAGAGAGUAAUGAAAUAAACAAUGAAAGGGAGCAGAAAUUGUAGGAAGUUGGGAUGGGCGUAGCCAUUUUAGAUUAAGUAGACAGGAAAGGUGCCUCUGAGGAGGAAUAUGAACAGAGACAGACUACAUGGAGUAAGCUAUGCAAAUAAAUAGAAUGUUCCAGAAGAGAGUACACAGUAUGUCUCAAGGCAGGAAUACGCUUGAUGAUCUGAAGCUCACCAAGAUGGCCACUGUGACCGGAAAUCUUGAGCAAAGCAUAGACUGAUAAAAGCUGAGGAACAAGAAGUAGAUGGAGCUAGGUCAGUUAGGGAGAUAGUUGGUUUAAAGUCUUGUCUAGUAAGUCCAAUGUCUGGGCUUCCUCAGGGAGUUUUUAUUAACUUUUUUUCCUGCGAAUAGGUUAUACUUUCUUAUUUCUUCACACACUAGUAAUUUUUUUAUUUUUGAAAAUGGAAUAUUUUGAAUAUUAGACUGUGGUAUCACUGGAAAUGAGAGUCUCCUGUCCCCCUACCCAAGAAUUCAUUGUUGUUGCUUGUUGUGGGUUCUAGGUGUUUGUUUAGUGACUUUGCUAAAUUAUUUUUAUAAAGAUUGGAUUUUUUUGUCCUGUAUGCUCACUGAAGUCUAUUCUACUAGAGUAACAGUUAGCUAGUGAUUUGACAGGUAUUUUAUCAAAUAUCUAGAACCAAAAAUUAAAAACACUCUCCCAGUCUUUGCAGAUUGGCUGGGUAUUGGGGCACUCCUUCAAGGCUUAGCCAGGCCUUGAAGUAGCUAGAACUACAGGCACACACCACCAUGUUUGGCUGAUUUUUUUUUUGUAUUUUUUGUAUAGACAGCAUUUUACCAUGUUGCCAGGCUGAUCUCAAAUACCAAGGCUCGAGCAAUCUGCCCACCUCAGCUUCCUAAAUUUCAGGAAUUACAAGUGUGAACCACCAUGCCCAGCCCUGAUUAAUAUUUCUAAAUGAUCAUCCUUUCUACUGUGUAGAAUAAAAAUGUCACUAGAAUAUAAGCUCCAAGAGAACAAGGACCUUACUAGUUUUGGUGACUAACAUAUCUAGCACCUAGAAUCAUGCAUGACAUAAAGUCUGUGCUCAGUAAACAUUAUUGAAUAAGUGAGGGAAUGAAUAACAGAAUGAACAUAGAAUACAGAGGAAUAAGAAUAGAAGCAAGGAAACCAGAUUUGUAGGAAAAAUACACAUAUAUCUGACUUAAUUACAAGUGUUAAACAACCAUCAUAAAUUUAUAAUACCAUUUGUUUCCUACAUGACAGAAGAAAACAAUUAAUUGCCAGUGAAUAUUGGAUAGGGGAGCUGCAGGACUCUAAAACAGUAAUUCUCAACCAGGGGCAAUUCUCCCAACAUGUGCGCUUGCGCACACGCGCGUACACACACACACACACGCACACACACACCAGUCUGAAGACAUUUUUGGUUGUCAGCCAGGGGAGAGGGAUGCUGAUAUCCUACAGUACACUGGGCAGCCCCUUUCAACAAAGAUUAGAUGAGGCUCUUAGAAGAAAAAUAUCAAACUAUAUCACCUUAAAUUUUACAAGUGUCAAAUUAAUAAAUAGCAAUGUAGUUUGUCAUCCAUAUUAAAUAAAUUUAAAAUAUCUCAUAUCCUAAAAUUCAUUUGAGGUAUAACUUUAGACAUAAAUGGAAAACCUCAUUAAAAUUUUAAAGUAAGAUUUUCAGAUUAAUGUUUAAAUAUGGUUAUGUUCCAAUGUUUUGUGGAAUUUUAACUACUAACAUAAAGUAACAAAACCAUAAUGUGACAUUCUAAUUCAGAAAGAUAAUGGAAAUAACUAGAAAACAAUUUAAUCGUUGUGCUAAUCUCUAUUCUUACUGACCUGUCGGCUACAUGUGGAAUGAGAAUAAACAGAGGAAACAAUUAUUUCAACAAAUGAAUCAAAUAAACCGUACUAAGUAAUAAUGUGCUUUCAACUGGGGUGAAGUUGAAGUGAAUCAGAUGUUCAAGUUAUGGUACAACAAUAAAUACUAUGUAUUAAUAGAGACAAUGAGGAAAUGAGGAGAAAAUAUUUAAUAAGUGGAAAGCAUGUUAACAUUUGGGGUAUUUUCUGAGUCAUAUUUACUAUUUAUAUCUCAUCUAGUUCAAGAUUUAUUUUAGUUGACAAUGUUUGCCAUUCUGAGCUUUGUCAAAGGCCCGUAAAUCAUCACUUUAUAAAGUUAUUCACAUUGAGUGGAAGAGGCAGUUAACAUUUUAGACUUUCGUCAGAUGCAUAAGGAAAGGCUAGAAUCUGAAAAUAAUUACUCAUAGCAGACUUGUAGAAGAACUCAAAGCCCAGAUACCAGAUGUGCCCCAAGCAUCCUGAUGCCUGUUGGAAACACGCUCUUGGGUGGUAGCCAGGUGAAUGAAACUUGACCCUUAAAAGGCUGAAGUGAUGAGAGGCAAAGGAAAGGAUUUUGAAAAACUAGCCAAGAACAUGACAACCUCUAAGAUCAAAGAAAUGUUCUAAGUGGUAUGUACCCUACAGUGUUAAUGGAUUCUUCACUACUUCUUAUUCCUCUGGAUUUUGUUUGCCAGAAUCUGACUUGUCCUUCAACAAAGCAGACUGUGUAGCCUUUUUUUGGAUCCUUAAGCCUGGGCUAAUCUUGGCUAAGCUGAAGUGUACCUUUAUCUAAUACUGACAAAAAAAAGAUUUUCUUAGGUUUAAGCCUAUACAUAAAUGUGGCACUUUCCCUUCUGAGAGCAUAAAAUAGCUAUGGGUUAUUGAGCAUCUGCUGUGUACUAAACACUGCACUGGUACACUUUAAAUAAAUUAACUCCAUUGUGCUUUGUCAUGCAACCCAAUGAAGUUGAUCUUGUUUAUCUCUAUUUGGAGAAAUGAAAAACACGGUUUCAGCAAGGGUUUGUAACUUGGCCAGCGUCACACAGGAUUCAAAUUCAUGUCUAUAUGACUUCACUGGUCAUUUAUUCUUUCAACGUUGAGUUAUCAAUAGCUUUCUGUCCCAUAUUUUAAUUUUAUAUUUUAAUAUUUUAUUUAUAAGCCUUGGUUAUGUUUAUAAAUGCUCAAAUUUCCAUCAAUAACAACAUUUACUGAGCUUGUCAUUUGUAGAAGACACUGUGCUGGAUGCUGAAGAUAAUACACAGUAUGAAAUAUACUUCUUUCUUCAGUAGCUUGUAGCCUAGCUACAUAAAGAGCAGCUAUAGAUUUCAGGAGUUGGGGGAAAUGUAGUAAAAGUUGUGAAACAUGACUUGUCUUAAUACUUGCAUCCCUUUUUGCUGCUUAGUAGUUCACUAAUUCAUUUAUUGUAAGCUUCCUUAUUGAAAGUGCCUUGUCCUGACUGGGAUAUUCUUACACUUACCAGAUCCUUAAUAAAUACUUUGAUAAAAUGAAAAUAAUAAUAAUAAUAAUAAUAAUAAAGGUCUUCAUUGCUGACUACCUUAACCACUUGUUGAAAUAUUUCUGCCUUGCAGUGGCUUAAAAGAGGAAGGCAAAAGUGUUUUUAAAUUAAGACUGUAAGGUUUUUAUAUAUUAGGAAUCUGCUUUGAGAUUUAGUAUUUAGAAACAAAUAAUAUGUACUUACACUUUAUAAGGCAUCAAAAUAUACCUCUAUUUAUUAACUUACUUUUUGGAGUUUUUCUUUCACAUAUCAACAUGUUUCCUGUAACAAAGACAAACUUUGUAAUUAUUUGCUAAAAGUUUAUAAUUAGUAAAUAACAUGAAACUGCAGAGGGGGGAGGAAGGUAAAGAAAGAAGGGUGCUCACAAGAAGAAAAAGAGACUCAACCACAGAAUAUAGAGAAAGACUUGAAGAAGAAAGAUGUUUGUUGAGCUCUCCUUCUAGUGUUCCCUGGAGCUGAAGCUGGUGGCUACAGUGUCAUUGGGAACAUUGACCUUCUAAUCUGGUUUUUAAUUUUUUUGCUUUCUAGAAGGCAAAGGACCUUUAAGUUGUUAAAGAAUCUUACUAUCAGAAAAUCUUUAUAGGCACUUUUUUCUUCAAAUCUCACAAAUUUUUCCACAUUUACUCUAGUCUUAAUUUUAAACAUCCAAUUUUAGAGUUAGAUGAUACGUGAGAGGCAAUCUUAGUCCCCUUGUGUGUCAGGCAGGUUACUGAAGCUCAGGAGGUUUGAUAAUGUUUCUAAGGUUACCCAGCUGGUUCGUGUUAAGCCCACAAUGGAACUUUGAUCUCCUAGCUAGAGACCAGUACUUCUCUUGCUGCUCCUGUACUCAGCAUUUACUCAUCUCUUCAUUCUGCAAAUAUAUCUAUCAUCGACUAUGUACAUGGCACCAUGAGUUGUAUAUGCAGAUGAAUAAAAUAUACUUCCUAUUCUCUGGAACAGUCUGUUAAACAGUUAAUUAUAAUACAAAACACAGUGAAAUCAUAGUAUUGGAAAUAUGAACAAAGUGCCAUGAGAAUGCAGAAGAAUGACCAUUUAAUUAUGAUUAAGAGAUCAGAAAAUGUUUGUCUGAGGUUAUAGCUGACCUUUGUAAGGUUUGAUGGCUGGGUAGGAUACAGAAUUAUCAAGUUCAGAGCUGUCAGACUGUAAUGAUACUGGUGAUGAUAAAUAGUCUAGUGUGACUAUACCACAGGGUGUAUGGAGUUAGGAUAGUAUGCCAAAGGGGAGGCAGAUGUAGCUCAGGUUGCAGGAAAUAAUCAUGAUUGUAUAAGGCCAGAUCAAAGGUCUUAAAUUUUGCUGUGUAUACACUUAGCCUAUAUUACAAGGCUAGAGUGUGAGCUCUAAAAAUACAGGGACAAUGUAAUAUUCAUUUUAAUAUCUCCACAGGCUACAGAGUAGGUUUUUAAAUAUUGGUUAAUUAGAUGAAUAGGAGCUCAGCAAAUAUUUAGUAGAUGGAUAAAUAGAGGAAAAUUCUUAAUGGAUGUAGAGAUUUUUUUCAUGGUCUCAUUAGUAUUUUUGAAAGAUAACUUGAGCUCUCCAAUUUUAAAAAUUGGUUAGAGAACUGAGAGUUUGGAGGAAGGCAUACCAAUUAGGAGGCUCUUGCAGAACCAUGGGUAAGAGUUUAUUAGGGACAGGAUUCAGAUCGUGGCAGAAGGGAAGGAAAUAGAAGGUUAAAAAAUGAUAGAGGUAGACUCCCUGCAGAUGCAUAUAUUCAUUCUCCAAGCAUUUAAUGAGUACCCGUUAUAUUCUGGGCACUGUGCUUGGUCUCUGGAGAUAGAGAUAUAUAAAUAAAAAAUAGUUUCUAUGCUCAAAGGAUUUAUUCUACUGGGAGAGAAAAAAACCAAAAAGUGAUUAAAAGACAGUAAGAUAGGAGAAGGAAUACAACAAUAGUUAAGUACUGACUUUUAUCAAAUACUGUGCUACUCAUAUUACAUAUCUUAUAAUAUUUAAUCCUCACCACUUCAUUGGUGUUGUUCCUACUUAAUUGAUGAAGACAAGUUUAUCUUUAACCUUUUCAAGGCCCAGAGCAGGAGUACAAAUAGAGACCCACCUACCAUAAGUCAAAAUAUUUAUAAGUUAUAAAUUAGACUCAUAAACUGAUAAAGUCUACUCUACCUGCCUUAACACUUAUACUUUGAUAACCAUCUGGAAGGCCAGGUCUGAAUCCAGAGUUCUCAGACUCUUCACCCAUCCCUAGCAUGUGAUAUACCCCUACUUCUCAUCUAUGGCUCCACUUCACACCUUGGAAAGGCUUCAUUGACAGAAGUCUGCAGGUCCAAUCUCUGUUCAGAGCUUCCACAAAUAGCCAGCCUUUGGCCACCUCGCUGUCCUAAGGUACACAUUUGUAUGAGGAGGUGUAUACCUUCUUUUCUUUUAUCUUCCCCACCAAAGAGAACAUGUAGGUCCUGGAAGUUGUCUUAGGAGCCUUUGGGCUCAGAAUUUCAGAGUCCUGGGUGCGUGGGAUAUGGUCUGGAGGGAGAAAAAUGGGUUCUGGGUAAGGGGUACAGCCAGAGGAGGGCCACAGUAGGGCCCUCAGCUCAAGCCCUUCUGCCUUAGUCUAAAAGCAGCUUUGGAUGAGGAAGCAGGUUAAGUAACAUACCUAAGUGUGCACAGGUAGAAAGUGGCAGAGUCAGAACUGCACAGCGAGAAGCAGUAGUACCUCAAUCAAUCAGGCCAAAUCAGCUGAAACAAGAGGACUGAUUAAUGAAUUGCUUAGGGGUGAGGGAUCAAGGCUAUCAGGGAGAUCCUUCUAGGAAGAUUAUUGUUUAAAAUCUUGAAGGAGUAGGGCAGGGCCAGGGCCAAAGGUAGAGGACAACAUUGCCUACAGCCCUUGUCCAGCACCCAGAGGCUUGAAGGGGUGGUGAUCAAUUUGGCAGAAUUAGAGCUGUGCUUAUGGGCUACACAGGAGGAAUGAAGAUGGAAGAGUUAAGCGGUCAUUAUCCAAAAGGGACAGGAGAGGUACAUAAUCACAUUUAGGUGUAAGGGCUAAGGGAGAACAAGAGAGCAAAGAUGACUCAAAGGUUUAUUCCCUGAAUGACUAGGGAGAUGGUGAGUUAUUUACAGAAAUAGAGACCAGAAGGAGCCUGGGGGGAUACUGGGCUUUUAAAGUUGGUAUUAUGGGUUAAUAAUGAGAAUGCUGGUAGUGUGAGAGAAAAAACAAGUGUGCAGAGUCUUGGAGCUAUAUCGAAGGAGUAUGCAGAAGAGGGAACUGCCAGCAACAAAACAAAACAAGCACUCACAAAAAACGGAGAGCAAAAGUUUCUGUGGGACAAGAAUCCUGAUGUGCCCAGUGUCGUCAAUGUCGGUAGAGUCAAGCUUGACUGUGAGGUCAUUAAGUAUAACAUACAAAGAAGGGAAACCCCUGGAUUUAGCAAUCAGAAGUUUUCCAUCCAUAGGGAUGGAAAACCAUUUGCAAGCAUUUGAGGAUACAUAGUAAGAGAGUAAAGGAAGUGAAUAUAGAUAGUUUAAAAAAAAAAAAAAAAAGAUUAAGCCUGGCUUUCAGAAAAGGAGUGAGAUUAGAGAUUUGUUUGACAGAAAAGUAGGGCCCAGGAAAAAAAAACUGAUGACUUCUCCUUCUUCUUCCUUCUUCUUUCCUUAUUAUUUUUUCUUCUUCUUUCUUAUUUAUUCUUCUUACUAUGUGUAAGGAUAUUUGUAAUAUCCUUGGCUGAAAGGAUGCAGUGAAAUAGGAAAGACUAAAGAUAUGAUUACUUUGAUAAGAUACACCCACCCCUUGCCUCUACUCUGCUUUGUUAGAGGAGUAAAGAGCAGAUGCCACCACGCUCCAGCUGAAGACCAGCUGUCCUGAGUAAAGGUAACCCUGUUUAUGACAAUCAUCACAUGAAGCUAAGGCUUCCAGGUCACCCUUCUCAGGUGAUCCUCACCUCCACAACGUCAGGGCUCCUCCGCCCUCACCUGGCCUUGUCCUCCUUCCCUCCAUUAUUUUUCUUCAUAGCACUUAUAACUGUCUGACAUGUAUUCACUUAUUGUUAUUAUGGUUGUUUUGGCCCUAAUAAAAUGGCAGCUACAGUUCUUAGAACAGUCCCUGGCACAAAGCAGGACACAGCACAUGUGUGUGGAAUGACGCAUGUGCAGCAAGGAGAAAGGCGUGGUGAAUGGGGCAGGAGGCCAAAGCAGGGUUGGGCAGACUUUGCCUGUCACCAGUCAGAUGGUAAAUGUUUCAAGUUUUGCUGGCCACAAACAGUCUGUGUCCCAUAUUAUUCUUUGUUGUUUUUGUAAAUAAUCCUUUAAAAAAUGUAAAAGUCAUUCUUAGCUCACAGGCCACACAUAAACAAGCUGCAAACCUGACCGCUGCUUGUCAGUCACUGUGAAAGUCAAGGAAACAAGAUUUAGAGCACAUGUGAAGAUGUUGGGUGAAAAAGAAAAAGGAUACAUCCUCCUCUGGACUGUGAGUGAGAUAACAGAUGAAAUACAAAGAACAGACAAAGGAAGGAGUUCAUGUCAGUGGCAUCAACCUCCUAGUGAGGAAAAAGUGAAGUCUAUAAUUAUGUGUUAAACACUUGAAAAGUGAGGAAAUUUUGAAAGAACGGGGUGGCUAAUCAUAUAGAGAUGAAUAGGAAAAUUGAUAAGCAACAUAAGAUUCAGCAAAAGUUGGAGAACAUGAAUCUGUGUGCUAGAAGACUAGGGAAAAGGUUGAUCCUGAGAAUUUUAACUUGUGAGCUUAAAGCAAUGCUGCACAAAAUUCUCAAGAUGGUUGGCCUGGCAUACCAGUUCAGAAUAAUUUGGAUUUUCUUUUCUUUUUUUUUUUUUUGGAGACAGAGCCUUACUCUGUCGCCAGACUGGAGUGCAGUGGCUCGAUCUCGGCUCACUGCAACCUACACCUCCUGGGUUCAAGCAAUUCUCGUGCCUCAGCCUCCUAAGAAGCUGGGAUUACAGGCACGUCCUACCAUAUCCAGCUAAUUGUUGUAUUUUUAGUAGAGCUGGGAUUUUACCAUGUUGGCCAGGAUGGUCUUGAUCUCCUUACCUCCUGAUCUGCCCACCUCGGCCUCCCAAAGUUCUGGGAUUACAGGCGUGACCACCUCGCCCGGCCUUCUUAUACUGUUGUUGAUAAAAUUGCUUCUAGAAACAACAAAGAAGUACAAACUAAUUUGUAAAUCAUAACAUCAACAAUUAACAUUUGUUUUUUAAUAAAUAAUAGCCUAAGCUAUUUAAAUAGUGUAGGCCCCAAACUAUUCAUUUAUUAAUGGCUUAGCUACAUGUUAUAUGUGAUUAUCUAGCAUCUCUGAUUUACAGAUGAGCAAACUAAAGCUUAGAGAAGUUAAAAAACUAUUAGCUGGAUGUGGUAGGACGUGCCUGUAAUCCUAGCUUCUUAGGAGGCUGAGGCACAAGAAUUGCUUGAACCCAGGAGGUGUAGGUUGCAGUGAGCCGAGAUGCAAAGACACAACACACACACACACACACACACACUCUCUCUCUCUCUCUCUCUCUCUCUCUCUCUCUCUCUCUCUCUCUCUCUCUCUCUCUCUCUCUCUCUGAAGUAACAGAACUGGAUGAACCCAACCAAGUCUGUCUUACAUCCAGUCCAUGCUCUUAUCACAGUAGGGUGCUGAUUAAUUGCUAUCAAUAUGAAAGGAGUGUCUACUGAUAAUUCUAGUCUUCACCCUGUCAUGUUCAGCAUUGUUAUAUUGCUUUCGAUGAGGCACAGUGUAUUUAUUAAAUUUUUCAGUAUUGUAGAACCAGGAGAAAGAGAAUGCAUUAGCCAACAGAAUAAGAAUUUAGGAUUAUUAUCUCCAACUGGAGUGGUUCACCAAAGAAGAAAUGUAAUAAAGAUAGAAACAUAGCCCUUUACUGAGGUCCAGAAACAACUGUCCAAGUAUACCGUCUUAGCUGUUGGGUCUGUAGGGAGGAAAAUGAUUAUAGGUUUUAGUCACCUCACUUUAAGGACUGCAGUGAACUGUAACUUGUUCAGAAGAAAAAAAAAUAGGGAAGCUGUUCAAGAUGACAUCAUUGAAGGAAAAAUUAAAGAAACUCAUAAAGUCUUGGAGCAAUAAACCAUGAUGGUGAUGGGGCAGGAGAGAGAGCAAUGUCUUCAAAUAUUUCUGAACAUUUUCACAUAGAAGAUAAAUUAGAUUUGUUCUGUGUGAUCUGUGUGGUCAGAACUAAGAAUAAUAAGUAGAAAUUUCAGGGAGCCAGAGUUUGUCUUACUGUGAGAAAAUAGCUCCUUCCAAAUUAAACCCAUUCAAAACUAAUGAGUUGCUUUGGGAAUUAAUGCUCCUCCUAUCACUGGAUGUGUUUUAAACUGGGACUGAACUCUCAUUCAUUAGAACUCACUCUAUAAGACCUCUAAAGCCCUGGCCAGCACAACAUUUUUGCCUCUGCACAUGUCAGAUGAAUAAAGAGCAUUUCUAUAUUAUUUUUGCAAAAAAGUAACUUAGCAGCUUUCUUCUGUACCGUGUUUGCAACCUGAUUUAGUAGUGUUAGCUAUAUGAUGGUACAUAUUACAAAACUUCUGUUUUGAACUAAGCUGUACAAAUUCUAAUUUUUCACUUGGAAUGUGACAAGAUGUUCCACACAGCAAGUUAGGCUUUGAGUAUUUCUUUGAAAAGGAUGUGUACUUUACUUGUGUAUAAUUAUUGCCAAAGAUUGUGCUGAAUUUGUAUCAUAUUUCUGCCAAUAUUUCUUCUAAAGCCAUAUCCCAUGAUUAAUUUUCAUUUAGUUUACUUAACACCCAUAGUGUUUUCUGUAAAGCAAAUGUUUUCAAGAAGUGCCUUGAAAAGGCCCUUAUCUUUUAGCAUAUUCAAUUCUAAUACACACAGUGAAGUUGUUUCAGAAGGGACAUAAUCUUUUGACUUUCUGAGACCAUUAUAAUUAGUUCUUAAACUUAAUUCUGUGAUCUGUCUUGUAAUGUUUUUGUCCUGUUUGUGUGUGUGUGUGCGCACACAUACAUAUAUAUAUUCAAAGCUUUGAUUUCUCAACAUGAUCAAUAGAAUGUUAACUGGAUAUGUGUUUUAAAACCUCUAGUUUGCUUUUCUGAAGUUAUUAAAAUAUCUUUUUAUUGUUUACUAUCACUAAGUCUUUCUCACAUUUAUGAACAAAGUUGAAGCAACAAGAAAACCUUUAUAUUUUCAGUUUUAAUCCUGUAAAGCUUACCUAAUAAUCAGUAGGCCUACUACUUAUUGAAAAG